UUUCUCAAAUUUCUAUUGUCAGAAUCUUCAGCUGUGAACCCUUCGAGUACACCAGCAACAAGCUCUCGGGCCACUACGACUUCACCCGCGACCGAAGAGCAAACGUUAAGGGUUACAAUUCAGCAUUUUUCGAAGAUGGUGGAUACGCUCUGCUCUCCAUGUAAACGAAUUAACGGCGUUCCAUGGAGGAUAAUGGUUAUGCCAAAACAACAUAUGGUGCAGAAGAAGAACCAAAAAUGUAUGGGAUUUUUUCUGCAAUGUUGUCCGGAUAAUACCUAUUCGGAUGCAUGGACGUGUCAAUCUGUAGCAGAAAUGCGACUGAUCGCUCAGAAAAGUGGUGUACAAAAUUUCGUGCGGAAAACAACCCACGUUUAUAGUGCUAAAGAAAAUGAUUGGGGCUACUCUUGUUUUAUGACUUGGGCGGAUGUACUCGAUGAAAGCCAAGGGUACAUUAAAGACGACCGAGUCACGUUGGAAAUAACUGUGAAAGCUGAAGCCCCCAAAAACAUGAUGUCUCGCGAAGAUUUCCGACGAUCCAUUGAUCAGUGGUACAAUUUAGCUGAAAUGCAGUUAGCUCGAGGCCAAGUCGAUUUAUCGAUUGAAGCAAACCAGCAGGCGUUGAAGUUCUGCAAAGAUAAGGACAAACAAUCGCAGGAAAAAUUGGAAGCACAAAGAGAUCGCUUGGUGAACCAUAAAUUAGUAGAGAGUAUUCACCGAAUUGAAAAAGGACCUGGAGAUGCGCUUCGUCCAACGUCUUUACGUCAAGCGCUGACAGGUGCACAGAAAUCGGCGACCACAUCAAAAGCAACUAAGGUUAUUAAAAAAGAAAGGCGUGGUAUUGUCCAACAGGGAAAGAAGACUGGAAAUACAUUAGCAUUGAAAAACCGCCAAAACGGAACAGUUGACUGCUCAACUGAAAGAAGCACGCAGCAACCUGAAGAAAAUGGAGAAGAAAACGAAACAAGACGAGUAAGAAUUUCUUUUAAAAGAGACAUCUUUAUCUCUCAAUUUUUCAUUUUCAGAACCCGCAUAGGUACACUUGAAGCUGAAAAACUUGAGCUUGAGGAUAGAGUUAAAUCUCUGAAAAAAGAGCUUGAUCAAGUCAAAAAGAAGGCAGCGGAAGAUCGAUCGAAAGCGAAAAAAGAAAAGCAACAACUUUCACAAAUCGCUUCUCUUAUCGAUCGCGCUCGUUCGGCUGAAGUUGCUCAAGUGGGCAUGAUGCUGACAGCGGGAGUGAGUGUUUUGGAAAAGACCCGUGAUGAAGCAGCCCUCAAUCUCGCUGAGGCUGAAGACAACUUGAAGCGUGCACGGACUCAUUCUGACAUGGAAACGAUGCGCAGAAGUGUUGCCGAAUGGAAAUGUGUGCAUGAAGACUGUGUAUCGGCUAUUUCACAAGCACGAAACGAAUUUGAAGCCGCAUGUGAUGCCAUUCGUAAAGGACAAAGAACUCUUGCUCAGCUCACAGAUUUGAAGAUUCCUUCGGCGCCAACACUUCCAAAGGUGGUUCGAUUGCCUCCAGUUCAAGUAGUACAACCAUCUACACCUGCCUGCCCUUCCACGACAACAUCUGUAUCGUCUGUGAUUCAACCGCCUCCUGCCGGUGUUAUAGGUCAACCGAGAACCCCACAAAAUAAUCGCUACAACUCUCAUGGUAUUACUUAUAGGGGUAAUUGUUUUUGGAUGAUUUUUAAAAUAAUCUGUUACAGUUUCACCACGAGACAAUGCUACCAGUGCCAGUUCAUCAAAUUCGCAUGUUCCACAGUCACCAUCGUCGUCUUCUAG